AGUGAGAGACUGUAUUGGUGUUCAGCUGCGUGCCAGGAAUAAACCACAAGAAUAAAUGAAUAUUUCUUUUAGCCCUUGCUCAGUAAGAAGUCUAGGAAUAUGCUGAUUUUCAUUAUUGUAACUUCAUAUGAAUAUUGCAGGGAUUUCUGAGUUACAAAAUAUUCCAAUCUGAGCCACAGCCUGUAGACAGUCCUGCUCUCACCUUCAUCUUAAGUGAUGAUGCAAAAAACAAAACAAAAAAACCCUCUAAAUGUCGCCCCUGUUCUACCAGUUAACCAGUGACACAGUUUUGUUUUGCCUUCUUCCAGUUGGGUUUUUGAGUCCCUUUGACCUUCAGUGAACAACUACCUGUUUAGAUGACCACUUUACUUCUCCACCAUUGAUACAACUCUAGUAUCCAGUCACACUUUCUCCCAUUUGCACACAGUUGAGGAAAAGAAACUGCAGCUUUACUGGUGUUCUCCCUUCCACUUUACAAGUUAACGGCCUAGAUUGUCUUAAUAGCUGAUGAUCUUUUCCUGGCUUCACUGAUCUGUGGAAAAAAAACUCUCAGCACAAGGGUAUAUGUAAGAGCUUGUAACUACGUUACUGCAAAGAUUGAGUCGUAUAUUUUUUGUUUUUCUGGGACCUGCAAAAUUGUUUCUUGUUUUUCACCCCUAAGGAAGAAAAUUGUAGUGGUGAUUGUAUGAAUAUUCACAUCUGCAAAUAUGGUUGGAGAUGAAGCAGUUUUAUAUAUGCUAGACAUUUCUAUGCAAUUCAUCCUUGGACAACUGUGCUGGGGAUGACCUCGUCAGAGCAGGGAUGGCUCAACAAUUGCAGUAUGUUUGCUCUUGCUGGCUCUUAAUAGUGUUGUACCUAAGGGCACACCUCUAUCCCACCUUUAAGUACUGCUUCCUCUGGUACCUGCAAAGGUACUUGCUUGUACUUGUAUCUGCUUACCACCUGGCAGUUCUUUUGUUCAUCCCAAGGCAAUCUCAGUUCUUUAAGGGCUCUAUUGUACUUGGUGCAUUUAUGAAGCUUUUGGAUUUGGAUUUUCUUUGUUUUGGGUUUUUGCUUUUGUACUUCAUGAUGGGUGCUGAUACAGGAGGUGUUUCUGGUUCAGUCUCCUUCUUUACUGGUGAAAUGACGCUUCUGAAAUUGGUUUAUAAGUAGCAUUGCCAACAACUUCAGGCAGGCCUAUAGGGUUACGCUGUUGUUUUCUUAAGACUGAGCACCACUAAGCCUGAAAAGACCAUGGGAAGCAGGAGGUACAGGUAGUGAGGAGACCCAUGAUCCAAGCACACAGGAUCUGUCAGAACCCUUGUCUCCAUUCUGUAUUUUGCCAACAGUCAUUGCAUUUUUAUCCCCCAUCUAUAAAUCCAACGUCAAUCUUCAUGGAGUUAUAUUGAUACAAAUAUGGUGAUCAGUCUCUUUUCUCCUUGGUUUUCUAUUUGUACUGUAACUAAAAUUUAAAAAAUGGAGAAACUUACUAAGGAAAAAAAAAGCACUGUAGCUUUGUAAGGAUUUUGAGAAACAGGUAUAAGAUUCAGAAGUAUCAAAAUCAUGUUAAGCAAAAGCAAGUUUCAGAUUAUUCCUUUCUAUCUUUUUUAUGAUUAUCAAAUGUAGGUCUGUAGUCAAUAAGAUGGGCACAAGUGGGCCACUCAGGCUGAACUUUUGUCCCCAUGCAGUCUCCAUACUCAAAAGAAGGUGACAAAGUAACUUCUAAAAGCCGUUGCUACCAGACCUUGGCUGACAAUACACUUCAGUCCCUAAUUAUUUUUUCAAUGCAUUUAGGUAACUUUAUGUCAUGUGCUGGGAUAGAAUCUUAAUGAACAAAUCUGCAUUAUAUGCAUUUUUUUCAAGAGCUUUUAAUUUGUUGCAUUGGCCUUAUUCUGUGGGCUCAACUGAUCUAUUAAUAAGUGUUUGUGCAGUCCUUGUGGAGUUGGCCAUAGUGUGCUUAUCCACUUGUUUGGUUUAGACAAUUCUCAUAGGGUUUUCAACAGAAUGCAUGUAAAUACUUAGUAAUGAAUCCUUCAAGAGUUUGGCAUGCUUUAUUAUUGGAAAUCAUUUUAAUAGGGGAGCAAAAAAAUGUAAAUAGAACAUUUGUUAUGAAUGAAUUUGAAAAGACAAGCACCUGAAUUGUUGAGAAAUCCAGAAUAAAUACCUAGAAGUAAAUAAAGAAAAAAAUCUUCCGGGAUGUUGAGAAGCUGCUGUCAUCAAAAGCUGCUUCAUAUAGAUAAGAUUUCCUCAUUUCAUUACAUACAUCUAUUUCAGUUGAGUAAACAAGGAAGAAAUAGAACCACUAAGUUGUUUGGUGUUUUCCUUGCUGUCGUUAACACCACCCUAUAUACAGUAGUCUAUAAGAUGAUGAGGCCUAAUACUUCAACAAACCUUGCUGUUGAUGUCUGUAAGCUGUUAGGUUAAAAAACAUGUAAUGUUUCUCAUCUUUUAACUUAUCGGAUUUUAAUUUCAGACUUGAAGCAAUGUAUUUAUUUUUGUUUUUUGAAAUGCAGGAGGUUAGAAGUCAGUGCUGUUCAAAAUUCUGUUGCGUUUCCAUUUAAGUUUUCAUUGAAGUAGAUAAAGAUGGUUAACAGCCAUUUACCACCUUGUGGCAGAGGCACAAAGAAUACAAGAAAAGAUACCUGCUACAGUCAUCACUGCCACAACUGCUAAAAUGGAGGUGGUUUCAGCAGAAGUAAACAGCUUGCUCCCUGAGGAAAUAAUGGACACUGGUAUAACUCUGGUGGAAGAUGACAGCAUUGAGGCGGUUAUCGUGUCUUCACCAAUGGGAGACUCUAUUCCCAUGGAAACAGAACUGGAAGAAAUAGUGAACAUAAGCUCCACCAGUGAUGCGUCAGUUACAACUACAGCCACAGUCACCUCAGAACCAGUUACUGCACCCAGUAAUCACUCGGGUGAUGUGACUGCAAACACCACCGCUAUAAAAACUGAAGGAAAUUCAAUAGUAAAGCCUGCCUUUCAAAGUGGUCUCCAUAAGCUUGGUACUCAGACUCCAGUCACUAUAUCAGCCAAUCAGAUUAUUCUGAACAAGACCACUGACCUUAAAAUAGGCAAUCAGAGUAUCAAACCAGAUGGGCAAAAGCUAAUUGUAACAACUUUGGGCAAGACUGGCCAACCCAUUGUUUUAGCGUUACCCCGCUGCCAGCUCCCGCAGGCACAGAAGACUGUGUCCCAAACCCAAGGUGGAGACUCCAAAGUACAAGGCCAGCAGAUCAAAGUUGUUAUUGGAGGUCGAUCAGAAGUGAAACCUGUUGUUGGUGUCUCAGCUUUAACGCAAGGAAGUCAGCUGAUAAAUACUGCUGCCCAGCCUUCUGUUUUGCAGACCCAGCAAUUAAAAACAGUACAGAUUGCUAAGAAGACCCGAACUGCAACUUCAGGCCCAGUGAUCACCAAGCUCAUCUUUGCAAAACCAAUCAAUAGCAAAGCUGUUACAGGGCAGACCACUCAAGUGUCACCAGUCAUUGCAGGCAGGGUUGUUUCACAAUCUACCCCAGGAACACCACCAAAGACAAUAACGAUCUCUGAGAGUGGAGUUAUUGGAUCAUCUUUGAGUACAGCAACACAACAGACACCGAAUAAGAUAGCUAUCUCUCCACUCAAAUCCCCUAACAAGCUAACAGUGGUGUCAGUGGCCUCCCAGCCUCCCAACUCCCCCCAGAAGACGGUGGGCGUCCCACUGAAUGUAGCGUUAGGACAGCAGAUCCUCACAGUGCAGCAGUCAGCACCCUCCUCCCCUGGGAAGGCCAUAGUCAACCACACAACCACGCAGGCUGUGAAAUCAGCAGUACAGGCCAUUACUGUAGGAGGAGUGGGUACAUCUCAAUUCAAGACAAUUAUUCCCUUGGCAACUGCUCCGAAUGUUCAGCAGAUUCAGGUACCUGGAAGCAAGUUCCAUUAUGUCAGACUUGUUACUGCCACAACAGCCAAUGGCUCAACCCAGUCGGCCAGUCAGAAUCCCAGUACGAAUACACAGCCUCUCCAGCAGGCAAAGCCAGUGGUGGUAAAUGCAACCCCAGUGCGGAUGUCUGUUCCCAUAGUGCCAGCACAGACUGUGAAACAGGUGGUGCCCAAACCCAUCAACCCAACUUCCCAGAUAGUUACAACAAGUCAGCCCCAGCAAAGACUAAUUAUGCCAGCCACUCCACUGCCACAGAUACAGCCCAACCUCACUAACCUGCCCCCAGGCACUGUACUGGCACCAGCACCUGGCACAGGAAAUGUUGGCUAUGCAGUCCUUCCAGCUCAGUAUGUUACACAGCUACAGCAAUCAUCAUAUGUAUCUAUAGCAAGCAACACUGGCUUCACUGGGACAUCCAGUAUCCAGUCCCAAGCGCGGCUACCAUUCAAUGGAAUAAUUCCUUCCGAAUCUGCAAAUCGGCCCCGGAAGCCUUGCAAUUGUACAAAGUCUUUAUGUUUGAAAUUGUACUGUGAUUGCUUUGCAAAUGGUGAAUUCUGCAAUAACUGCAACUGUACAAAUUGUUACAACAACCUGGACCAUGAAAAUGAUAGACAAAAAGCAAUAAAGGCUUGCCUUGACAGAAACCCUGAAGCCUUCAAGCCCAAAAUAGGGAAAGGAAAGGAAGGAGAAUCAGAUCGGCGACACAGCAAAGGGUGUAACUGUAAACGCUCGGGAUGUCUCAAAAACUACUGUGAGUGUUAUGAGGCAAAAAUCAUGUGUUCUUCCAUAUGCAAAUGUGUUGGUUGUAAAAAUUUUGAAGAAAGCCCAGAACGAAAGACAUUGAUGCACUUAGCAGAUGCUGCAGAAGUUAGGGUCCAGCAGCAGACUGCUGCAAAGACAAAGUUAUCAUCCCAGAUCUCAGAUCUCCUCACGAGGCCGACACCAGCACUCAGCAGUGGUGGAGGGAAGUUGCCCUUCACGUUUGUAACCAAGGAGGUAGCCGAUGCAACCUGUGAAUGCCUUCUGGCGCAGGCAGAGCAAGCUGAGAAGAUGGGCAAGUCGAAAGCAGCAGCGGAGCGCAUGAUCCUGGAGGAGUUUGGACGCUGUUUGAUGAGAGUUAUUAACUCUGCAGGGAAGUCCAAAAGUGACCCUUGUGCCAUGAACUGCUGACGCGUGCACAUGAGCCACAAUGAAGCAAACUGAACAGAACACUUAAGGCACAGGGACACUUUGAUUUGGAAUAGAGGAUUUAGUAACACUUGCCAAUUUGGUGCUUGUUUUAAUUGACUUGCAGAAGAUUAAACAAGGAAAUAUUUUGUAACAAGAUUUAGAGCCUUUUAAGUCUUAGCUAAAUUCUCUUCUGCAUAAGAUAACUCCUGAAAGACAUUUUUUCUUCCUGAUGUACAGCUUUUAACUUGGGUUUCUUAAAGGAAAAAAAGAGUAGGUGUUUUCUUCCCUUUCCCCAAAAAUAACUGCCUGAAGGGCAUAUAUAAAUUAUUAUAAUAUAUUAUUUACAGUACAUAAAGUUGUGUUGCUUUGUGCUGGAAAACAAAGAAAGAUACUGAGGCAACAGGCCCACAGUGAGGAGUAUAUGUGUAUCAGUCACUUCUGAAAGGAAAUGUAUAAAAAUCAGCAUCUGAAUGGAAGGUAGUACCUACACUUGGGACCUGACACGGCGUAAUGCUCCCUCAUGAGCAGAGCAGUAUGAAAUACACAGGCGAGUAUACAGUGGUUGCUUGCAGGUUUAUUGUCAACAAGCGUUUGGGAACCUCACUAGAGUGGGCCCUAAGGAAUUCUGAGGCAAUAGAAUAAUGGAAAAUUUUUGAGAUGAUCAUGGGUGAAGGCUCAAUGUUUUGUUGUUUCUUUGGUUAUUUUUAAUGGAACUCAGAGGCUAAGAUAGUGGUCUGCUCUUAAAAGUGAGGAAGAACAGCCAUGUUGCAAUGCUACUCUGCCUGUGCAGCAGGCAGAUGCUGUUGCUUGAGUGAAGCUUGGUGUUCAGAGCUCUGCAGCAGCUCAAUCCUCUCUUCAGGUAGUGCUGUGCAGGCUAUUGCAUUUUCAAGGAUUAAGCUGUUUUGAGCCUGAGUAGGUGAGGGUCAGGAGACAGGAGUGCUACAGUUGUCUUAAUGAGGACUCAAGACAAUCUGAAUCUGAACUGACCUGCAAGUGCAGGAGGAGAUAUCGUGUUCAGCCUGGUUGUGAGUCUUCAUGGUGCUACUUGAAAUUGUGGUGGUCUAUUUGGCUUCUAAAGAUUUUGUUUUGGGUUUGUUGGGUUUUUUUGAGGGCUGUUUAGAAUGAUGGAGAGCACAGUGAUCAGAGAGGAUGCUAGCACAGAAUCAAGAUUGCUGCUAAAACAGAUGUGUGGAUCCUUUGGCUCAAAAACAAAAAAAGGGGGAGGAAAGUAUACCAACAAAACACAAAUCAAGGUAGAGCUGUAUGUAGAAUGGGACAGGAAUUUUCCAGUAUUUGUUACAGGCAGUCUCAGAUCACUUUUUUGAUAGUGGAACAUCUUUGCAAAAUCAAUCUCAUAGGUUACUUACUAAUGUGAAUGUCAAUAACCAUGUUUAAUCGCAGGCAUUUUUAACAACUCUUUCUGUUCCCUGAACAAUGUAGCUAGGUUUUUCCAAAAAGGAUUUUUUAUCUUCAUGUAAAACUGUAAACACAGAGAGAUGCAGCAGAGCUCUUCCUCCAGGUUUUCUAGCAGAGCCAAAUGCCUACGUGUGUGUGAGAUGGCAAAAAGAUGGAGGAGGCUUCUGCUCCCCCUAGAAUGGCUUGGGGGCACAAAGGACUGGAAGGUGGCCAGCAGCAAUGGAAGGCCUAUCAGGUGGCUGUUGGAGAUCAGAUGUGGACUACUGGUCACUAUCAGAAAGGCUCUGUCUGGUUUAGUAACAUCUCCCUGAGUGUAAACUGCAAGUAUAUUAGUGCAAAUCUCUGAAAAGGGAAUCCAUCCAUCUCUUCUGUAAGUAAGUGUCUGUUUUGGUUUUUUUUUUUCCUGUAAUUAAGACUUGGGUUUAUUAAAAGUCAGUACAAUAACUUCUUACAUGUACAAGGGCUGCUCUGAAAGUAAUGCCUCCUAUUUUAUUACGCUAGCUCACAAUGUUAGAGGCAGAUGGAUGUUAGUGGCAUGGCAGGAGAGGUUGAACCUUCCUGCCAACAUUCUGUUGAGGCAGUCUGACAGAAGGGCAUCUGACACGCAGGUACAUAUGAGGAGAAGGUGUGUCACUGAAUUCCUCCACGCAGAAAAAAUGGCACCCGUUGACAUUCACCAACUCUUGCUGAAUGUUGAUGGAGACCAAGCAGUGGAUGUGAGCACAGUGAGGUGGUGGUUGUGCAUUUUAACAGUGGCGACUGCAGGUCACCUCUGGUGCAGAUUUUUACGAGCAUGGCAUGUGGGCUCUCGUUCAUUGCUGGUGAAAACGUGUAGCUGAAAGUGGUGACUGAAAAAGUGUGUUGCAGCUGAGAAUUUGCUCUAUCGAAUACUGUUGCUGUGCUCUUUGUUGCAGUUUACGUGGAAAUAAAUGAGGCAUUACUUCCAGAGCAACCUACAUAGUGCAGAUAUUCAGUUUACUUCUAGUGACCUAAUGUAGUACGUCCAGUAAGAUUUGUAUAAAUGUAAAUUAGUGUAAGUGAAUAAAGUAAAAACUACUUACAUUAUUUUUCAAACAGAUUGCAAUAUGCCUUCUUUUGUUUAGACUUCAAUCCAUGUUAAUUUUGUAUAUAUUAUGUGUCUUUCUCUAAAUUGCACCUUUUGUGAUGUGUAUUUAUAUACAGUGUGCAGAAACUUGUGAAAUUUAGAUUACAGUUGUAAUUAUGUAUGAUGGCAUUGCUUGAGAAUAUUUUGCUUCUAAAGACUUUGAAGGUGCAAUCAAAAAGCUCUUAGUUUUUCAAUUUUGUUUUGAGCAAGCUUUCUUCAAUAUUAAGCUGGGAUUCUUCUCUUCCCUUUUCACUAGUAUAAUAUGUACGGAUUGGGUUUUGUACUUCCUUAGCCAUUUGCAUCAAACUGCUGGACAAGAUUGACAGUCAAGCUCAUGCAGUUGUGUGAAAAUAAUUGGGAAUGGGACAAGGGUUCAUUUUGUAGUUCUGUUUACAUCUGAAAGUAGAAAAACUAAAUUUAUAUUUACUAGACCUAUUCAAAGAAUACACUUUUCUAUAUUGUAAAAAUAAAAGUCAGAUAAAUCACAAAGGAAAUAAACAUUUAUACUAUUCUGUAAA